AUGGUUCUCGUCGGCACUUCCAACGUGUGCCCGGAGCAGCUUCGGAUAUGCGCUUUAUCCAUGGACAAGAAACGGGAAAUAACUGCGCCUCCCAAGCGAGACAGCGAGGGAAUGGGGACGCAGUUUGCUUCGGGGCGGGAGCCGGUGGUGGUGAUCGACCUGGUCAGUCUGGGAAAUCUCGUGCUCUCCAGCACGGUUGUGAAUGCUUCCAAGACUUAUACGAUGUUGGUAAGACCUAGCGCAGGGGCAGUGCUAGGCAGUGACAAGUUCAGCCUAUUAUUCUCAGCUGCUUGGCUCAGUAGGCCUUCGGGAUUCGCGACAGGGAUAUAUAAUUCCCCUGCUCACUAUCACUUUGAGACAAACACGCAAAGAUACGGGAAACUCCAAAAACCAAAAAAAAACAUGGCAUCUACACAACCCGCGCUCUUCGCGAGCAUCCCCACGGCUUCACAGUGGGACCUCGCCCGCGCCACAAUCCACGACCGCAUCUGCGGCACUCUGGUCGGUUCCGCCCUAGGGGACGCGAUUGGCCUAUACACAGAAUUCCUGUCCAAGAAGGCAUCCGAGGCGGGCUACCCAACCCGGAAAUUCACGCUCUGGCCCUCAGCCGAGGCCACGGCCUUUGUGCGCGACUUCCACCGCAGCCCGCACGAGACGGGCGAUUGGACCGACGACACGGACCACGCGCUGCUGAUCCUGCUGUCGUAUCUGCACGCCGACGGGCAGGAGUUGGACCCGCUGGACUUUGCGCGCCGCCUGCGGACAUGGGUGGACAUGGGUCUGCGGGCGCUGGACACGGUGCCGCUCGGGCUCGGGCGGACCGUGGGCACCAUCGUCAGGAAGGCCGUCUACCUCGAUGGCCCGGAGGCGGUUGCGCGGGACGUGUGGGUGCGGAACCGUCGCGACCUCGCGCCAAACGGGAGCCUGAUGCGCACGCACCCGCUGGGCCUCAUGUGUCUGGCCAAGUCCCUGGAGGAGACAUUCGAGGUCGCCGCGAGCUAUUCCGUGGUUACGCACGUGGACCCGCGGUGCGUCGUGGCGUGCGCGGUGGGGACGGCGCUGGUCCGGGGCCUUGUCCGCGGUGAGGUGUCUGAGGAGAAGCACAUCGAUGGGAUGGUCGACGACGGGUUCCAAUGGUACCAAAAGUGGAGGAGCGUGAAGGAGGAGGGGGACGAAAGCUGGAAAGAGGACCCCGCCUUGGAUCGCGCAGAACUCGACCGGCAUGCCCAGGCGGAGUGCCUCGCAGACCUACAACUGGACGAGGCUGCGAAGAUCGGCUACGUGUACAAGACCUUCGGUUCGGGCACCUUGCUGCUCCGGUUGGCCAUGAGAGAGAUGGCCAGAGACGGUGCAGACGUGGGCACGCCGCUGGAGAUCUUUGAGCGGCUCAUCACCGAUCUGAUCAUGGAAGGUGGCGAUGCUGACACCAAUGCCUGUUUUGCCGGCGCAUUGCUCGGGGCAUUCCUUGGCUACAAAGCCCUGCCUCCUCACUGGAGGGACGGACUACGGCACGGAAAAUGGCUGAUUGGGAAAGCAGAGGCGCUGAGCAAGGUUCUGCGGGUCAAGGAGGGGGCUUACAGCGGUGCUGAGGAUCGAGACACGCACCCAGAUGGCGGCAGAGGGUUUCUGACGAAAGAUCAGAUGGAUGGACAAUUUAUGCGGCUGCAAGCCCGAAUGGUAGAGAAGGACAAGGAGUACCAGCGGCAGCAAGGUGCCAAGUCGAAGAAGAAGAUACUAGGAUUAUUUUGA